CAUCUUUUUAUCCUCAUUUUUAAUUUUAAUAAUACUAAAUUUUCUUUUGUAUUAACUUUUAUUUGUUAAGUGUUAUAUAGUUUUUGAAAGAUUGGGUAAAUAUAUUUAAAGUUUUUCUUUUUCUAUGAUAUCUGUUUAAUAUGUCUAAUAUAUGCACUAUACACAUAUUAAUCUCUUUACAUUAUUCUCUUUAGAUAUAUUAUAAAAUAGUAUUUAAAAUCAGUUGUCAGCCACAUGUGGUCUAUAUGAUGCAACAUGUUUGCAAUUGUUGGCAUGUCAUUUAAAAAUAUGUAACUAAUUUUGCUUUUCAAUAUUACCAUUAAUAUGACUUUUAAAAUAAUAAAAUUUUUUAUUUGUUUCAAAAAAUACUGUUUUAUUACUUACAAUAUAGUAUGUUAUUACAAGAUACUUCUGGCUUUUUCUCUGUUUCAAACCAGUUUAGUUAUAUCUUUUGUUCACAAAUUUUAUUAGAUGCUAUACACAUAGUUUCAUAGGUUUAAACUGAUAAAUAGCACUUUAUUGUUUUUGUUCAUUUUAGAUUAGUAUAGCAAAAAAUUAUUAAGAUAAAGUUUUAUCAAACAUAAAUAAUUUCUCAAUUAUGUCAAGUAACCUAAGAGCUGAAAAUAGAAGAAAUCGUCGAAAUGAAAGAAAUGAGGCCAGACGAGAAGAAAUUAAUCGUCGCCAAAAUGAAAGAAAUGAGGCUAGGCGAGAAGAAAUUAAUCGUCGCCAAAAUGAAAGGAAUGAGGCUAGACGUGAAGAAGUUAAUCGUCGCCAAAAUGAAAGAAAUGAGGCUCGACGAGUAUUAUUUAGGCGUGAAAUGCAUUGCAUAGCAAGAAAUAAUGUUUUUAUAGAGAGUAAUUACCUAGGAGAAAUGAACCAUAAUUGUCAGUAUUGUGGUGCUAAAAAAUUUUUAAAUGAAACACAUUUUUUGUGCUGCCAUUCGGGAAAGGUUGUCUUACCUCCACUUUCACCUUAUCCACCGCUGAUGGUUGAUUUAAUGACAGGCAACCAUGUUGAUCGUGCUUUGAAUCAAAAUUUUUUCAAGCAUAUACGAAAUUAUAAUGCCUGUCUAUCUUUUGCUUCAUUCAUAGCCACAAUAGAUCCUCUGUCAAAUCGUGGUCCACCCUGUUUUAGAAUUAGUGGGCAAAUUAUGCAUCGUAUUGGUAAUCUAAGACAUCAGCAAGGGGAUCCACCUGCUUAUUGUCAAUUAUAUGUUUAUGAUCCUAAUACUGCUUUAAACUUUCGAAUGGAGCAAAAUGAUUGUUGCAUACGUGAGUUAAUGGAACUUUUGCAGACUAUAAUUAAUCAGGAGAACCCAUAUGCGCUUGCAUUUAAAAACAUGGCAGAAGUUGAAGAUGCAGAAAUUCGUCAAGCUGCUAUAGAAGGUCGACCGAUUUCUGUUGUCAAAAUGUCGUUGCUUGAGGGUUGUGAUAGACGUCGAUACAAUCUUCCAUCACAUGAAGAGGUUGCCAUUGUGUUUGUAGGAAAUGAUGGUGCUCCACCUCCAUCUAGAGAAGUUGUUAUUUAUCCUCGAGGUCAACCCUUAAAAACAAUUUCAAGUAUGUCUGCAAAUCUAGAUCCAAUGAUAUAUCCAAUAUUUUUUCCAAGAGGUGAUGCAGGAUGGCAUGAUCAACUAGAGCACAAUCCUGACCGAGCAACACGUGUUCGAAAUCGUGUUACUUUAUCUCAGUACUACAACUAUAGGCUUUCUAUUAGACAAACGUUCAGUCCUAUAUUUUAUGGUAAGAAACUUUUUCAACAGUAUGCUGUUGAUGCAUAUGUCAAGAUUGAAGGACAGCGCCUUGCUUUUAUCAGAAAUAACCAAAACAAACUUAGAAGUGAACAAUACGAUACAUUACAUGAGUAUGUAAAUAAUGUUGCAAAUAACCUUAAUGUAAGACCGGGUCGUGUUGUUAUACUACCAUCCUCAUAUGUUGGAAGUCCAAGAGCUUUAAAAGAAAAUUUUGAAGAUGCAAUGGCAAUUAUAAAGAAAUAUGGUAAACCAGAUCUUUUUAUUACUUUUACCUGUAAUUCAAAAUGGAGAGAAAUUACAGAAAAUUUAAAUCCAGGUGAGAGCGCAACUGACAGGCCUGAUUUAGUUUGUCGCGUAUUUAAGAUGAAACUUAAAUGCUUCUUAGGUGAUAUUUUUAAACAUGGAGUCUUAGGCAAAGUUGUAAGUCAUGUACAGGUUAUUGAGUUUCAAAAACGUGGUUUGCCACAUGUGCAUAUUUUAUUACACUUUGUAAACGAUGAUAAGCUAGAAACAGCAGAGGAUAUUGAUAGUUUAAUAUCAGCUGAAAUUCCAGAUCAAACUGUUGAUCCUGAACUUUUUGAAAUUGUAAAAACAUGUAUGAUUCAUGGACCAUGUGGGAUUUUAAAUCCCAAUUCUCCUUGCAUGAAAGAUGGAGUUUGCACAAAAAAAUUUCCUAAAGAGUUUAAUCCUUGCACUGUUGCAAUUUUCAAUGGUUAUCCUAACUACAGGCGUUUAGAUAAUGGUAGAGUAGUCAUUAUAAAAGGUAACCAAGUUGAUAAUCGAUGGGUCGUACCCUAUAACCCCUGGUUAUCAAAAAAAUACCAAGCCCACAUUAAUGUUGAAGCUUGCAUGUCUAUUAAGUCAGUGAAGUAUUUAUACAAAUAUGUCUAUAAGGGGCAUGAUUGUGCGAAUGUGGUAAUUAAUGAAAGUGUUGACCAUGAUGAAAUUAACACAUAUUUAGACUGUCGCUUUGUUUCCGCCCCAGAGGCUCUUUGGCGAAUAUAUGAGUAUUCCAUAAGUGAUAUGUCACAUACUAUUAUCCGCCUUCAAAUCCACCUUCCUGAUAAUCAGAGAGUAUAUUUUAACGAAGGAGAAGAACAAGUAGCUAUAGAUCGUGCAGCACAGCGUGACACUCACCUAACCGCUUGGUUUAAGUUAAAUGCUGAAAAUAAUGAAGCACGUCAGUAUUCUUAUGUUGAAAUUCCAUAUCACUUUGUUUUUGGUAAAAAUUGCAUGUGGAAAGUAAGACAAAGAGGUAGUGAUAAGGUGGUUGUUCGAAUGUAUAAAGUCAGUUCAUUUUGCGAAUUAUUUUUUCUCAGGUUGUUACUUUUGCAUGUAAAAGGUGCAAAGUCUUUCGAGGAUUUGCGUACUGUUCAUGGUACUGUUUUUAAUACAUUUCGUGAAGCAUGUUAUCAUUUAGGUUUAUUGCAAGAUGACAUUGAGUGGAGAAAUACAUUAAUUGAAGCUGCUGCAACUCGGAUGCCUAAACAAAUUAGGCUACUGUUUUGCAUCAUAUUAACUUUAUGUGAACCUGAUGAUCCUUUACACCUUUGGAAUACAUUUAAAAAUUAUAUGGUUGAGGAUUACAUACACCAUUCAAUGCCAGUCGUACUUGCUGAGCAGGCAGCUCUUCGUCAAAUUGAAUCUAUAAUUAAUCAGAGUGGUAAAACCUUAGCUGAUUAUAAUUUGCCAGCUUUAGAUCAGUUUUUAGAUAAUGUCCCAGAAAAUGAUGAUGAAGAUGUUCAGGUGUUUAUUGAUGAAGCAAACCGAGUUAGACCAUUAUUGAAUGAUAAUCAACGUAAUGUAGCUGAUGCGAUCCUUGCUGCACUAAGUGUGGAACCUACUAAUGAAAAUAAGCAUUCAAGGUUGUUUUUUAUGGAUGGGCCUGCCGGUUGUGGUAAAACAUUUACUUACAACUAUUUAAUUUCUGAAACACAGAGCAGGCAUAUUAGAACUGCAACAGCUGCAUGGACAGGAAUAGCUGCAACUCUUCUCAAAAAUGGGUGCACAAUGCAUGGCUUAUUCAAACUUCCUGUUCCAAUUUUGGAAACUAGCACAUGUAAUGUAACUCCAAACUCUAUUCAUGGUAGAUUCCUGAGACAAAUCAGUUUGUAUUUACUUGAUGAAGCAUCUAUGAUACCCAAAUAUGCUUUGAGUGCCAUUGAUAAGCUAUUACAAGAUAUUUGUAAUAACAACUUUCCUUUUGGUGGUAAGGUUAUUCUUAUGGGUGGAGACUUCAGACAAAUACUUCCAGUUGUGAAGCGAGGUCGACCAGCAGAAGUUAUAGAAUCAUGUUUAAAAUGUUCUGAACAUUGGCAAUAUGUGCAAAGGUUCUCAUUAACUGUAAACAUGAGGGUUCAGAUAGAAGAAGAGGAAUUUUCUCAAUGGCUUUUAAAGCUUGGAAGUGGAACAUUACCUGUCAAGCCUGAAGAUCCUUUGCGAGGGUGUAUUGAAAUACCUGAGCAGUGCUUUCUCAGUGAUAAUGAAUCUAUUGUGGAGAAGAUUUUCGGUGGUGCAGAAGAAGGUGAUUAUGCAAAACGUGCUAUUUUAACGCCAACAAAUGUUGAUUCAUUGGCAAUAAAUGAAGAAGUCCUUCAUCGCUUACCCGGUGAUGUGAAAACAUAUUUAAGUUCAGAUAGCAUUGAUACUGAUGAUCUUAAUGAAAUUAAUAAUUUUCCAGUCGAGUUUUUAAAUAGUUUGACUCCAUCAGGUAUGCCUGUUCAUUGCCUAAAAUUAAAAAUUGGUGCUGUUAUAAUGCUACUUAGAAAUUUAGAUCUCAAAGGUGGACUUUGUAAUGGAACCCGUUUGAUGGUGCGUGCAUUACACAACAAUUAUAUUGAUGGUGAGGUUUUAACAGGUGUAUCAGCUGGUAACAGGGUAUUUGUUCCUCGAGUUCAAUUAGCUCCAUCAGAUGCAAAUUUACCUUUUACACUUAAACGCCGUCAGUUUCCAGUUAGGUUAGCAUACUCAAUGACCAUAAAUAAAAGUCAAGGUCAAACAUUUGAAAAAGUUGGUGUUUACCUCAAAAAACCUUGCUUUUCACACGGCCAAUUAUAUGUUGCAUGUUCAAGAACAAGAUCAUUUAAUAGUUUGUUUUUCAAAGUUGAUAAACAUCCAUUACAAGCAAUGCUGAUAAAACUGAAUUUUUUUAAAAAAAGAGUUAUUCCAGCCUUCCAACCAAAUAUUAGAGACUUUUAAAAAAGCACUCUCACAAAAUAAUGCUUUUAUAAUCAAUUUAAAAGUCUUUCAAAUCGUUAACCAUUUUCUA